AGUCAAGUUAUGGGAUGAUAAAUCCCUCGUGGGCACUGGGCAGUGGUAAGUAACUCAAUACCUAACCAGGGUAGGUGAGAGUUGAGAGAGAUCCAAGGAUUCAAAUCCGAAUCCCAUAAUGCUUCAAUAACUGUUGAUUGUUGAUCCAUCUCUACCUAAUCCCCCAAUUCUAUUACCAAACUACAUUCUUCCCUUAUAAAUUUCUUACCCAUCUUUCUUCAUUCAAAAGAAGAAAAAAAAUAAUGGAUUUCUUGGAAUCUCCUGAUAUGCAAAUGAUAGCCAUUGCUGUAGCAGUUAUUGCUGUUAUUGCAACAGCUCUCGUAUUCCUUUCCAGUAAGAAGAAACCCAAAGUUUGUUUGGAUCCUGAGAAUUUUAAAGAAUUUAAGCUUGUUAGACGCACCCAGAUCAGUCAUAAUGUGGCUAAGUUUACAUUUCAACUUCCUACUCCUACUUCUGUUUUGGGUCUUCCCAUUGGUCAACACAUAAGUUGCAGGGGAAAGGAUAGUCAAGGCGAAGAAGUUAUUAAACCAUACACUCCAACGACAUUGGACUCAGAUGUUGGACGUUUUGAGUUAGUCAUCAAGAUGUAUCCACAAGGACGAAUGUCUCAUCAUUUUCGGGAGAUGCGUGUUGGUGACUAUCUUGCUGUAAAGGGACCUAAGGGACGAUUUAGAUACCAGCCUGGUCAAGUUAGAGCCUUUGGAAUGCUUGCUGGAGGAUCUGGAAUCACUCCAAUGUUUCAAGUGGCGAGAGCCAUAUUGGAGAACCCAAAAGACAAAACAAAAGUACAUUUGAUAUAUGCCAAUGUGACAUUUGAAGAUAUUCUUUUGAAGGAAGAAUUGGAUGGGCUUGCUGACAAUUAUCCUGAUCGUUUCAGUAUCUACUAUGUCCUUAAUCAGCCCCCUGAAGGAUGGAAGGGUGGUGUUGGAUUUGUAAGCAAGGAAAUGAUCAAAGAACACUGUCCUGCGCCUGCGUCCGAUAUCCAGAUCUUGAGGUGCGGCCCUCCACCAAUGAACAAAGCUAUGGCUGCUCACCUAGAGGAACUCGGCUACACUUCUGAGAUGCAGUUUCAGUUUUGAUCUUAAUAAUCCAGUCAUAUUGUGCUUCUCAUUUAAACCGAAUAUUGUUUAUGCAAUCUAAUACUUCAAUACGUUGGCAGAAAGACAGAACGAUUCAUGUUGGCGUCAUGGUUGAUGGGUUCAAGUCAUUGAAUCCUUGAUUUGCUCGUUUAACGUUUAGGUAAUCUUUUUCGACAUUCGAUUGAAAAAAAGAAUUGAAAAACAAGUGUAGAACGGUAUUUGUGGUUCGUGAUCUCUUCUUUUAACCUUUCUUCAUGCUAAUAAACCAGUACAUACUCUAUGGGGACUUUCUAGAGGGUACCCUUAUGGCGCAAGGUACUCAAUGACUUGCCUUAUGGUGUACCGUAUAAUUGAAAUUUGUCGGAAAUGACUUGUGUUAA